UCGUGAUUUCAUUUCCAUUCCAAUUUCCAGUUCGCGUUUGUUGCCCGUGAAGGAUGCCUUCUGCCAACCCUAAACUAGAGAAACAGGCCUCUACGGAGACCGUGGAACCCAUACGCCAAGCGAUUAUCGUUAUCGAACAUAAAAUACGGAAUCUUGAAAAGCGUAAGGGCAAGCUAGAGUCCUAUAGAGAUCUACAAAAAAAUGGAAGGGAACUGAAUGCGGAUCAGACCAAGGCUGUAGCUAAAUAUGAUGGAGUAUUACAAACCUUGGAUAUUACUCGUGAAUUGUAUAAACAAAUUGUCGGUAUUGCCAAUGAUGCUGUUAAACAACAAAAGAAAUUGGCACGUAAAGAAGCUGUUGAAAGAACACAGCAGGAUAUUGCUAAGGUUAGGGAAGUACUACUUAUUCAGGAUAUUUUGACGAGUAUGAGUACAAGUACUGUACGAGAAGACUUUUUAGCUGGUACAAAUGGUGCUGUAAAAAUGUCAGAAGAUGAAUUGAAAUAUAUAGAUGAUCUUUACAAUGAAGUUAUAAUGAAACAUCAGCAUGAAGAGGGAGAGCCAACAGUUCUUCAACAAGUACAGAAAGUUGCAGAACAUUAUGUAGCAAUUGUUGAUGGUAAACAAAGAGAAGUUGUUGGAACCACUUACAAUAAAUUAAAGGAAAUCAUACAUUCUAUUCAUCAAUCUGGAUACUUUGAUCAAUCUCAUACAGUUGAAUCUGCGGUUGAGGAAACUACUGAAACUACUGCUGAAACACAAAUCACGGAUACUUCUGUGCCAGAGCAAGUUAAUGAAGAAUUUAGUAACAGUGAAAGGCACAUUCCACCAGAAUCCAUAAUACCCAUUCCUAGCUUUCCAGUUCAAGUUGCUCCUCUUCCUGUAGUGUCAGGCACAGCUCCAGUUUCUGGUCCAAUCCCUGUUGUACCACAACCUAUUCCACCACAUCCAACUGCAUCUGUUGAGCCAUCAUAUUACACAAAUGCAACUGGAUUUGUACCACAACCACAACAACAACAACAAGCUCAACAGUCACAACAGCAACCUCCACAAGCUCCUAGAAUUAAUGAUGUUAUUGGAACUCCAAAUUUUUUCUUUCUGCAAGAAUCUGAACUUGAUUCACCAGAUGUCACUUCUCAAACGCCUAUUGUAUCACACAUUCCUCCUGCAGUUAAUGCACCUAUACCUUCUCAGACAUUUACAAAUCAGAAUUUCACAAACGCAACUGUUGUACCUCAACAGGUAAUAUAUCAACAUCAACCACCUCAAGAUAUGUCGCACAUUCCUGGAUUUGCUAAUCCUAAUCCACCCCCACCAAUACCUAUGCCGCCAUCUCAUCAACAAACAAAUAUUCAAUAUAGUCCUCAACACCCUGCUGGUUUUCAACAACAAGCAGCAUCCCAGCCUAUUCCAACACAAGGACAAAAUUUCGAACAGACAUCUCAACAAGAUGGCCAGGAAAAACAUAUAGAGGAAAAAACAGAAGAGAAUCAAGAAGAAUCAGCUCCAGCAGAGACAGAAACAGAUCAGCCAAGCGAAUCUGUUGAUUGGGCUCAAUUAACAGAACCUACAGACUGGAAUCAAUCAGAAACAGCUCAACAACCUGUUCCAGACACACAGCAACAACAGCAGCAACAACAACAACAAACAACUCAACAAGCUUGGAGCGACCAACAGAGAGGUGGAUAUAGAGGUAGAGGAGGUAGAAGAGGUAAUUCUAAUGGGUACAAUGGAAGAGGCAGGGGUUAUCAGCAAAAUGGUCGUGGUGGACAAGGUACAUAUUAUCGCAAUGACAGUAACUAUCAAAAUGGUUAUCAGCAACGUUCGUGGAGUAAUGAAGGAAAUGGUGGAUACAACGGUGGUUUUAAAAGAGGUGGAGGCAGCACAAGAGGUGGUCCUCGGGGUGAGCGUGGUAUGGAUAGGGGUGGACGUGGACAAUAUCGUGGUCAAAGAGGAGGAAAUCGCGGCGGUUAUGCACCUCGCGGUAAGCCUCAGGCACAACAGUAACGACUACAUGGUAGAAUAAUGCACAGUGAAAUGUUAUAUUAAUGCUCUAAGAUCACUAUUCAAUUGUCUAUUUAUGAAAAAACCUAAGUCGGCACAAUACAUUUGCAGCAUGCUCAGAACGUUAAUGUAUACACAUAGAUCAGCAUAAGUAUAUAUACAUAUAUAUAUAUAUAUGUGUGUAUGUAUGUAUGUAUGUAUGUAUGCAAAAGCGCGAUCGUAUAAAGAACAGAAUCUUUGAUAUUUAAUGUUGCAUUAUACUACGUUUAUCAUGUACAAAGAAGCGCGCAGUAUGAGUUUUAUUUAUAAUAAUAUAGUAAGAUAGAUAUAAUGGAAACAAAAGUUAUCAUUGCAUAACUUAAAACACUCUUAGUGUCUUAUUAUUUCACAAUAAGUUAUUAUAACACACAUGCUGGUACUUAUGUCUCUGGCUUAGGAUGUUUCUUAAAUAAGACGAUGAAUAACAUAACUCUGCAUUUGAAUUUGGUAUCUAUGAUUAUCAAAGAAAAAGAUCCUAUUAACAUUAAUGUAAAAAUAAUGCAAAUGUAAUAUUGUGAUAUAAAAAAAAAAAAAGAAAAAAAAAAGAGAAGAAGAAAAAGAUCAACCAAAUUCA